GACAAAAGAUGCAAUGAAUAAUUUGGUGCGUGAUUGCUUUGUGCUAGUUGUUGUGCAUCGAAUUCUGAUAUGUAGUCUGGAAUGGCGAUUCUGGAUGCUUCUAUUUCCUCCUGGCGGUGCAUGUCCUAAUGUUUGUUUGCUGAGGUGGGUAGGUACUUUAAAUAAUUGCGGCUUGCCGUGAUAGAAUCUUUGCUGUAAAAAAACAACAACUCAGCCAUUCAAGUUGUCCUGAGCUUAACAUCAGAACCUUUUCCAACUAUACCACGGCGCAGGAAUCAUUCUGUUUCCCUACCUGUUCAUGGUUCGAGGCUGUUGGCGAAUCUCAAGAUGCAUCUAAUAGGGCCAAAGCUCGGCGCUCCCUUUAGUGCUCCAAGGCUUACACGUAUUGUAUCCAAGGUGGAAGUCGAGCGCAAGUUCAACCUCGGGCCUAAAUUUGUUUCUGUUUUCUUGUCUGAGGAAUGGGCGCACUCCCAAGCACGAUAUCGUCAGGUCUACAAUAACCAAAGCGGUGGUCCUUCCUUCACCGUUGUCAAGCAGCCAGGCCAGAUAAUCCGUGAUAUCUACUACGACACCCAGAAUGAGCAACUAAGCGCCCUGGGCCUCUGGGUACGGCAGCGGCAUGUUCGAUACUUCCCUCUCAGCUCUUCUCAAGAGAUGAACGAUAACUGCUGCGAGGCCGCCACCAAACCUGGUAGCGCGACAGUUGAAGAUCACAGCCACAAGGCACAAUGGAAUGCCAAAUUGCGAUUCGGCGGCCAUUUCAACGACUCAGAAUUUGUUGAGAUCGAUGGGGAAAAGAACGUGUCAGAUGAGGUCCUAAGAAUUACAGGAUCAAAGACAAGAUUGGAGGACUUGCAGGUAGUCACCGAUCUCCAGACUAAACGUAGAUCGUGGGAGGUAUCACAGCUGGCCGACGGUACAACCCCCUCAGCGAAAAUGACGAUUGUGAUGGACGAUGUGACUGAGGCCGAGGCCGAGGCCGAGGCCAUGAGCAAGAAUGGUGGACUUGGUAGAUCUGCCUUCACUCAUACCAUCGGGGAGGUGGAGCUUUUCCAAGAGUUUACGACGGUGGGCAAGGACAUGGAGGAGCACGAGACAGAGAGGAAGAAGAUAGCAGCGCUGAGAAUGGAGGAGCUAAAGGAGUUCAUGCUGGCGAACACGAGCCUUUUUGCAAUGACUCCACGGCCCAUCGGCAAGCUGACAGCAUAUGAUACAUGGAAACGCUCACUUGCAAUCGCCAACACUCGUCGUUGACCAUCUUUUCACUGAUGUUAGAUUCGAUAUCGACAUGCCUCCCAUUCCCUCUUAGGGUCUAAUGUUGUAGGCAGUCUACUAUGUAUGUGGCUCAAGGCGAUAGAUAGAGACAUCAUCCUGAAAGUUGGGCUU